AGAUGCGCUGGUACUAGUAUUAUAUACUCAUAAUAAUAAAAUGUUGAUUCAUCUCCAGCCGGAUGCUGCUACAAAUUAUCGUCUUUCCUAGCUAGCUAACAUCAUUCAUUCUAUUCUAUUUUAUUAAUAAGUAUGCAGCUGAUCGCCUGAUCAGUAGCAACAGUAGUAACUGUAAUUGUAAUACUCCAUAUAUUCUCCAUAAGAAUAUACUCUGUAUUUAUAUUAUAUUGGAGCGAGCACAAAGAGAAUGAAAGCUCCUUCAAACGGUGGUGGUUCCACCACACCCUCUUCAACAGCAGCUCAAGGUGUUAGGAAGAUAAUGAACUCGGAAUUAUGGCAUGCUUGUGCUGGCCCAAUGGUCUCUUUGCCACCCGUUGGAAGUCUGGUUGUCUACUUCCCACAAGGUCACAGUGAACAAGUCGCAGCAUCUAUGCAGAAAGAUACGGAAAACAUACCUAGCUAUCCUAAUCUUCCUUCAAAGCUCAUCUGCAUGCUUCAUAAUGUCACAUUACAUGCUGAUGCUGAAACUGAUGAGGUGUAUGCACAGAUGACUCUUCAACCUGUAAAUACAUAUGACCAGGAAGCAUUACUUAUAUCUGAUUUGGGUCUGAAGCAAAACAAGCAGCCUGGUGAAUUCUUCUGCAAAACUCUUACAGCUAGUGACACAAGUACUCAUGGUGGAUUUUCUGUACCUCGUAGAGCUGCUGAAAAGAUCUUCCCACCUCUGGAUUUUUCAAUGCAACCUCCAGCUCAGGAGUUGAUUGCUAGAGAUUUGCAUGAUCAAUCUUGGACAUUCAGACAUAUUUAUCGAGGACAACCCAAGAGGCAUCUACUCACCACAGGAUGGAGCAUUUUUGUCAGCUCUAAAAGGCUUUUUGCUGGAGAUGCUGUUCUUUUCGUAAGGGACGAGAAGUCACAGCUUCUGCUGGGAAUUAGACGUGCUAACAGACAGCAGUCUGCUCUCUCCUCAUCAGUUAUAUCAAGUGACAGUAUGCACAUUGGAAUCCUUGCCGCCGCUGCUCAUGCUGCUGCUAAUAACAGCCCAUUCACCAUUUUUUACAAUCCUAGGGCUAGUCCUGCUGAGUUUGUGAUACCCCUGGCCAAGUACAAUAAAGCAAUGUACGGUCAAGUUUCAUUGGGCAUGCGGUUCAGAAUGAUGUUUGAAACCGAGGAGUCAGGAGUGCGUAGAUACAUGGGAACCGUAACUGGUAUUAGUGAUAUGGAUCCAAUCAGGUGGAAGAAUUCACAAUGGCGUAGUCUUCAGGUUGGAUGGGAUGAAUCCUCAGCUGGUGAACGUCCUAGUCGGGUUUCAGUUUGGGAAAUUGAGCCGGUUGUGACACCUUUUUACAUGUGUCCACCUCCAUUUUUCAGGCAAAAGUUCGGUCAACAGCCUGAUAGUGAUAUAGAGAUAGAGAAUGCUUAUAAAAGAGGGAUCUCCAUGCCAUGGCUUGAAGAUGCAAGUAUGAAGGAUGGGUCGAGCUCAAUCUUUCCUGGACUGAGUCUGGUCCAGUGGAUGAGCAUGCAACAAAGUCUUGGGUUCCCACCUUCCAUCAAUUCUCUAAAUAGCAGCCUCAGCUUUGAAGAUCCGUCCAAGUUAUUAAGCUUUCAAUCCCCACAUUCGAACAAAGCAAACCAAAAGAACCAACUUGUGACUCCCCUGCAACAACUAUCUCCCCUGUGGCCCCAACAACACCAACUCUUGCAUCCAACUAACAUAAAUCAACAACAGCUUCAGCAGCAGCAACAACAUCAAUCGCAAGAAAAUAAUCAACAACCGUAUAAUCAACAACAGAAUUCGAUAUACACUCAGAUACAGCAGCAACAACUACUACUACUGCAGCAGCAGCAGCAGCAGCAGCAGCAGCAGCAACAACAACAACAACAACAACAACAACAACAACAACAACAACAGGAACAACAACAGCAACGACAACAACAACAACAACAACAGCAGCAGCAGCAGCAGCAGCAACUAAAACAACAACAACAACAAUAUGAGCUGCAACUACAACAAAAACCACAAUCACAACAAAUUUCAGGAAAUAGCCAACCUCAGCAAACCAUUGGUUCGGCCAAUAGGACUUCGUUUCAGCCUUCAUCGAUGUCACAACAUCAAAUUGAACAACAGAAAACACCAUCACACUCACUCCAACAUAACUUGACACUAAGGCAACAGAGCGUAUCAGAGCAGCAGCAAACACUGCAGAUAGUGCAAAAAAUGCAACAGCAGCAGCAGCAUUUUUUCUCGGCUUCAACUCAUGUAGAGCCUCACUUGUCUCCACAACAGCAGGUUUUGCCGCAAAUUCAGCAACUCAAACAGCAGCAACAACAACUUAGCAGUAAUAGCUUGUCAACAUCAACACUUGUGCAAUCACCACACUUUCCUUCUAACCAACAACAAAGUCAAUACAAACCAAUAAGAGUUCAUGGUAUUACUGACGUGGAUCCUCCUUCAUGUUCCACAUCUCCUUCUACAAAUAAUUGCCAACUAACGCCAUCAAACUUCUUCAUCAAGAACCAACAACCACUGUCUGUUCUAGGGGAUAUCCAGAGUCAAGUUAAAUCGGAUACAAGAGUGAAGCAUGAGUUAUCUAACUUAAUCCCAGAUCAACCAAAAGACAAAGGUAUUGUUACUGAGCCGACCACAUCUGCCACAUCAUAUUCAUUGGAUGCUACUGGCCUUCCACACAACUUCAACAUCCCAAACUUCUGUUUGGAGGCUGAUGUUGUUCAAUCGCAAAAUAGAAGUGAUAUCUCUUUUGGGGCUAAUAUUGAUUGUUUGCCGCCUGAUGCUUUGUUAUCAAGAGGUUUUGAUUCUCAAAACAUGAUGUCUAAUUACAUUGGUGGCCCAAGAGAUAUUGACACCGAGUUGUCAGCUGCUGCUGAGAUAAGUCCACGGUCAUUUGGGGUGCCGGAUAUGUCUUUCAAAGCAGGUUGUUCAAAUGAGAAUAUUCCUGCGAAGGAUGCUGGUGUUUUAGGUAAUGGGUUGUGGGGUAAUCAGUCUCAGCAGCGCAUGAGAACAUAUACAAAGGUCCAAAAACGUGGGUCGGUAGGAAGAACGAUUGAUGUGACACGUUACAAGGGGUAUGAAGAGCUGAGGCAUGAUCUUGCUCGCAUGUUUGGGAUUGAAGGUCAGUUAGAAGAUGCACAACGGGUGGAGUGGAAACUUGUUUAUGUUGACCAUGAGAAUGACAUAUUACUAGUUGGUGAUGACCCAUGGGAGGAGUUUGUCAGCUGUGUUCAAAGCAUAAAGAUUCUGUCAUAUUCUGAAGUACAAAAGAUGAGUUUGGAUGGUGAUUUAGGUAACGUACCGGUUCCCAAUCCAGCAUCUAGCGGAACUGAUAGUGGAAACCCAUGGAGAGCACAGUAUGACGACAAUUCAGCUCAAUCCUUCAAUAGGUGAAAGAAAAUUUUAUAUGCAGUCAACAACUCUGACUCAUAUUUCUGAGCAGCAUAUAUAUAGAAGAUAGGUUAAUUUACAAGUGUAAAUUUCGCUUUAUAGAAACAACAGAACAGUGUAUUAAUUGUUGUAUGAUGAUGAUGAUGAUGAUGAUAUAUAGAGUUGAGUAAUAGGUAUUUCUGAAUGUUCUAACUGUUCAGAAAUCAAAUCAGAAAGGUAGAGAAGGAGGUGUAAUUACCAUUUUGUAUGUUUGUAGCUCCAAAAGCCCAUCGCUUGUUUUUUAAAAGAUGGGUUGUCUUCAAGAUUUCAGCUUUCAAGAA